UCGUCCCCUCAUAAAAACUAUGUGCAAUGUCAAAAUUUGUUUUCGAUAGUAUGCUACCAAAGUAUCCACAGUUUCAACCAUUUAUAAGUUCACAUUUAACUACAACAUCACAAAAUUCAUCAUCAGCAGCUGUUGCCGCCGCCCUAGCCGUUGCCGCUGCCACCUCGUCAACGUCCAACACCAACAACAGCAGCAACAAUCCAAAUAGCAAUAGCAACAACCAAAGUAACAACAGCAUUAACAGCAUUUCGAAUAAUUUAACAGGAGGCCAUACGAACAACGUUUCUUCAUCUUUGCUAUCACCCAACACGUCCGGGCAUUUGAAUCAAUCGUCCAAUUCACCUGUGUCAUCUUCAUCGCCCAGCUCUUCGACGCCAUUUGGCAGUUCCCUGGGUCAACACUCGUCCGUGCAUCAAACGUCACAUUUUGCCAGUGGACAACAUCAUCAGUAUUCGCUGACAGCAGCAUUGCAAUUGCAACAGCAACAACAACAAUUGCACAUUAAUAAAUUAGCAGCCGCUGUUGCAGCUUCCACACAACAUCAACAGCAGCAGCAACAUCAACAGAGCAACGGUAGCAGUUCCUCCUCGUCGUUGCAACACCACCAACAACAACACCAGCAGCAACAACAGCAGUUGUUGUUAACACCACCCUCCGUACAUAAUUCGCAUACCGGUGAUAGCAGUUGUUCACCUUCGCCGUCGGCAUCAUCAUCGCUGCAUCGCAGCUUAAACGAUUCAUCGCCCUCGUCAUCGGCUCAGGUCGUUAGUGCCGCAAGUUCAGUGGCCGCUGCAGCAGCUGCCGCCGCCGCUGCUGCUUCUUCAUCGUUUGCCAUACCGACAAGCAAAAUGUAUCCCUACGUCUCGAAUCAUCCCAGUUCACAUGGCGGCCUCUCCGGCAUGCCGGGUUUCACAGGUCUCGAGGAUAAAACAUGCAGCAGGUACUCAGACUCAGUUAUGAACAGCUAUCAAUCAAUGAGCGUACCUGGCUCUGCGUCAGCCAGUUUUGCACAAUUCUAUCAGCAGGCAGCUGCUGCUUCAGCAGUAUCAGCUGCCUCCGCCGGUGCCAUUGGUGUUGAUUCGCUGGGCAAUCCAUGUACACAACCGUCAUCGGGUGUUGUACCCACUGGUGGAGCUGGUCAAGGUAUUGCCGAUUUACCCCGAUAUCCAUGGAUGACUUUAACAGACUGGAUGGGAAGUCCUUUUGAACGCGUCGUAUGUGGUGAUUUCAAUGGUCCCAAUGGUUGUCCUCGUCGUCGCGGCCGUCAAACUUAUACACGUUUCCAGACUCUUGAGUUGGAAAAAGAAUUCCACUUCAACCAUUACCUAACACGACGACGAAGAAUUGAAAUUGCCCAUGCGUUGUGCUUGACAGAGAGACAAAUAAAAAUCUGGUUCCAAAAUCGUCGCAUGAAACUUAAAAAAGAAUUGCGAGCUGUCAAGGAGAUAAAUGAACAAGCUCGACGCGAUCGUGAGGAGCAAGAGAAAAUGAAAGCCCAAGAAGCCAUGAAAUCCGCCCAACAAAACAACAACAAAGUCCAACAGCAACAGCCACAGCAACAACAACAUCAUCCACAACAACAACAGCAUCAACAACAACAUCAAGAUCAUCACUCGAUCAUAGCUCACAAUCCCGGCCAUUUGCAUCAUUCCGUUGUGGGGCAAAAUGAUCUGAAACUAGGAUUGGGUAUGGGUGUUGGCAGUGGUCUGGGUGGUAAUUUGGGUAUGAUGAGUGCGUUAGACAAAACAAAUCAUGAUUUGUUGAAAGCCGUUAGUAAAGUAAAUUCAUAAAUUUUACAGCUUAAGCCAAUCAACUUCCCCAAAUAACCAUGUAAUAAAUAAGAAGAAAAGGCGGAAGGAAAAUGACAGUAAAACUAAACUGUGAAAAAGAGAAACUUCCCCCCUUUACCAUUCAAGAAGAAAACAACUAAAAUUGCCCCCUCCCUUUAUUUUUAAGUUCAUGUACUUUCUAAUAUAACACAUAAUUACUAUUACAUAUACCAACUAAAUAUAAAAUUAAAUUAAACAUUAAUGAAUGAAGAAGAAAAAACAAAGCUAAGUUAAAGUCAAAAACAAAAACAAGAAAACCCUUAAUGAUAAAUAGUUGCAACAAAAUACGUAAAAUUUUACAUAGUAAUUUUAGUUAUUUAAGAAAACGAAAGUAACAACAAUUAAGAUUAACAAGCAUAAUAUAAAUACACAAAAACCUAAAAUCUCUAAAAAAGAAUAAUCUCAUAAAAUAUAAACGAAAAUAAACUAUUUACAUUAUACACAAAUAAGGAAGUUUAUUUAAAAAACUACAUAUAUACUUAAUUAUUAUAUAAAAAAAAAACAAAAAUAAAAUAAAAACAAAUAUAUAACAUAACAAAAACAAAUAAUAAUAAACCCUAUUCUCCAUAUUUACUACCUAUACAUGAACAAUACAACCAAUCAAAAUAUUUUACACAUAACAUACAUAAUACGAUACAGUACAUACUCAAGUAUGUAAUAAAGAAAAACAUAUAAAUUUGUCAUUUAAUUUUUUUAAAAUUAACGCUUUUUGUUCUACCACAUCUCACCCCCACUCCUUGGAAAUUUUGUUUUGUUAAAUAUUUGUUUGUCUUUCAGAAUUUUAUUUUUUUUUCUUCUUUGGAAAUGCAGUGCAUUUUCAAAGUAAACUUUUGAGUAUUUUCUUAGACUUUUAUUAACAUUUGACAUUUUAAUUUGUCUAGAAUUAUUUAAAAUAUUGUGAAUGAAAUGAAAAUUAAAACUAAAAAUAAUUUAAAAUUGUUUUUUCGUUUAAAAAGCUUUCAAUAAUAAUAAUUAUUAUUAUUAUUAUAUUAUUUCUCUUUUAAAAAAUUAUGUUUUAAUUACUUUUUAAUUAUUGUUUUGUUGUAUAUCUUUCUAGUUAAAAUUUAAGCUAUCUAUUGAUGUAUGAUCCGUAAAUUCGAAAAGAAAGAGAAUUUUUUGUAAAAAGAUUUCUUUUACUUAAGCAUAAUGUAUAAUUUUUCCCCCUCCAACCUGUCCAAUUCUACUCCUUGAAACUUUAUGCCAUAUUUUAGAAAAUUAUUUUAAUUUUUGUAUGAUUAAAUUUAAUGACACAAAAAAUA